AUGGAACAAUACAAACCUCCCACAACCAAACUUGCCUUCCAAAGCGAUAAGAGGUAUCAUGUAUUUCUGAGUUUCAGGGGAGAAGAUGUGAGAAAGACACUGGUUGAUCAUCUGUUUCAAGCUCUAUCUGCAGCAGGACUGAAUGUCUUUAUAGACAGUGAGAAAUUGAAGAAGGGAGAAAUGAUUGGGUUGAGCUUGGAAAUAGCGAUCGAGAGCAGCGCCAUACGCAUUCCUGUAUUUUCCAAAGGUUAUGCAGAUUCAACAUGGUGUCUCAAGGAGGCCGCUGCAAUGUUGAGCACUCCUGGCUUGAUCAUUCCUCUGUUUUAUCAUAUGGAUCCAACUCAUGUUAGAUAUCCUGUCAAGGACUCAAGCCCCUAUAGCCCAUCAUUUCUCAAACAUUAUGGCCAUCCGGAUCGACACCCAAGAGAAGAGGUAGAUGAUUGGAAGGAUGCCCUUCACACGAUCUGUUCUCGAUCAGGCUGGUCGAUGGAUAUAACUCAAGGCUACGAAGCUCGACUUGUAAAGAUGGUAGUGAAUGAUUUGAUUAAGACAUUGGAUAGAGUGCCGCUAGAAGUUGCAAGGCAUCCAGUGGGUAUGAGCACUUUAAAGAAUACACUCAUUCAGAGAUUAAAUCUCAAUUCAAGGGAUGAGGUGACUAAAGUUGGAAUAUGGGGUGUUGGUGGAAUUGGCAAGACCACAGUUGCCAAAGCCAUGUACAAUCAAAUCUAUUCUGAUUUUGAUGCUGCUUCUUUUCUAUUUAAUGUCCGCGCCACUGUUGCAGAGUCCACAGGCCUUCCAAAAUUGCAGGAAAUAAUUCUCAGAAAUUUAUCCGGAUAUGGUGGAAAUGUGGACAAUGUUGAUAAGGGUAUAUCGUUGUUCAGGGAUCGCUUGGGAGGAAAGCGUGUGCUGCUUGUGUUGGAUGAUGUGAAUACUGUUGUACAAUUGAAUGCUCUGGUUGGAGAUUGGCUGGCUCUUGGCAGCAGAGUUAUUGUAACUUCUAGAGACAAGCACAUUCUUAAUGUUGCUCAAGUCUUACCAGAAUGCAUCCACGAGAUGAAUGGAUUAGAGAUAAACGAAAGCCUCCAGUUAUUUAGCUGGUAUGCUUUCCUCAGACCAUCUCCAAGACCCAGUUAUGAAGAUCUGUCCCGGAGAAUAGUGGAAGCUUGUAAAGGGCAUCCUCUUUCGCUAGAAGUGAUUGGGUCCUUCUUGUAUGAUAAGCAGGAUGACGCAGGUUGCUGGAUGGAAGCUCUUGAAAACAUCACCCUCUAUCCAGAAAUUCACGAAAAACUCUACAUCAGUUAUAAGGCUCUUAGCGAUGAGGAAAAAGAAAUAUUCCUUGACAUCGCUUGCUUCUUCAUUGGAGAAGACAAAUCAUGUCCCAUCAUUUUUUGGAAAUCUUUGUACAAGAAGGUAGACACUGCUGUAUCCAGUCUUUCAAUGAAGUUAUUGAUAAAGAUCGAAGAUGGUGUGUUUGGUAUGCAUGACCAUUUGCGAGACAUGGGUCGAACUAUUGCUGAGAAAGAAAAAGAGGGUACCCGACUAUGGGAGCUUGCCCAAUUAAGCACCAUAUCCCACAACAUCAAUUUCUCUCGCCUUCGACUCAGUGGAGGCAAUCCACAAAGACUCGAAAUGUUGUAUGGACCUGAUCUUCGCUAUCUUCAUUUGCAGAAUCUGUCCAUUGAAGACAUAAUGAAAGACCCACUAGCCAUGGUACCACCAAAUUUGGUAUGGUUAAGGCUGGAAAGUUGUAACUGUGGUAAUAAAAUGGAUGGAGGAAUAAAGAAGCCACGCCACUCCAAAUUUGUGAGCAACAACAUUUGGCAAUUGAAGACGUUGCAGUUAAGACAUUGCUAUGGUGUCUCCAGCCUUUCUCUUUCCUCUCUAUUUUCACUCCCCAACAUACAACUUCAACACCUGGACCUGAAAGGGUAUAGGAGCUUAGAGAGCCUCCCUGAUGCCAUUGCUAAACUGUCACACCUGCAGCACUUGGACUUGACAGGGUUGAAAAGUUUGAAGAACCUCCCCGAUGUCAUUGGCAACCUGUCAAAUUUACAGUACCUAAAUUUGAGAAGCUGUUUGAAGUUAGAGACCCUCCCUAAUACUAUUGGCAAGUUGUCAAAGUUGCAGCAUUUGGACUUGAGGGACUGUCAAAUUUUAAAAUACCUUCCUCCUACCAUUGGCUACCUGUCACAGCUGCGGCAUUUGGACUUAGGAGAAUGUACACUGUUAAAUAGUGUCCCUGAUACUAUUGGGAAUCUGUCACAACUGGAGUACUUGGACUUGGAAAGGUGUAUAUUCCUCAUGAACCUUCCUAACACCAUUGGCAACCUGUCACAACUGCAGUACUUGGACUUGAGCAAGAUGAUUGUCUUAAAUAAUCUCCCUAGUAGCAUUGGCAGACUGUCAAAACUGCGGCACUUUGACAUGAGAGCAUGUGUUACAAUAAAUAAACUUCCUGAUAGUAUUGCCAACUUGUCACAGCUGCAAUUCUUGGAUGUGGGAAUGUGCUCCUUGAAUAGCCUCCCUAAUAGCAUUGGUAGACUGUCACAGCUGCGGCACUUGGACUUGAGAGGGUGCCACAUGGAUUACCUCCCUGAUAGCAUUGGCAAUCUAUCACAGCUCCAGCACUUGGACUUGAGAGGGUGCAGAAAGUUAAAUGCCCUUCCUAAUACCAUUGGGAACCUGUCACAGUUACAGUUCUUGAAAUUACGAGGGUGUGAAAGGUUAAAUAACAUCAACAUUCCACAGUUGGAGCAUUUGGACUUGGGAAUGGGAGAGAGCCGGUGUGGCGCUAGGGUUCGGAGUGGUCUCUGCGUUGCAGGAGAUGUUGCAGAGGAAGAUGGCAAAGGAGAUGAUGAGGAUGCCAGUGCCUGCUUCCUGCUUGUGGCUACGAUCGAUUUUGGAGGUGGUGUUGCUUUUUCUCCGGGAGGUGUUGGUCUUUCGCCUUGGCGUCGGGAUGGGGGUUUAGAGCCUCGUGGUUCUACUUCACCCUUUGUGGCUAUUUUCUCAGUCUACGCUAUGGGUGGCGGGAGUUGUGUCGAGCUUAGGGUGUGGGUUGCAGAUGGAGAUGCAAACGAGGAUGGAGGUGAAGUUAUGGAUGGAGUGGGGUCUGUCAUUGGUUGCUCAGUGUUGUGGCUGCUUUUCCUGUGUGCAGGUUAUGGGAGCCUUGUAAAACCCAUGGGCUGGCUGGAUGCUAUUAGUUUUAAAGGGCCCAGUUUGGCCAGUUAUUGUUUUUUGUUAGCUUUAGUUGUAGGUUGUGAGAGCCUAUUCUAA